GUUCAACUCUAAUCGCUCUCUCGUUACUCUGAUGUCAUACACCGAUCAGCAGGUGUGACUCAUCAAAUUAAUUUAAGGUUUCAUCUCUGAAGUAUUUAAUCCAUGUUAACUUCAAUAAGAACCCUUUGACAUAUACACUAAAUAUAGGUUACUUAAAAUUGCUAUUUUCUAAAAUAGUUUUCCAAACGCUAAUUUAAAAAAAAAAUCAAAUUUUUUUUGUGACACAAAUGGCACGGUAUCAGAUAUCAAAGGUGCUUUACCAUAUUGCAGCCUUACUUUGUGCUGCUGGGAGUAUUUCUGGUGAAUGUGAGAUAUCACAAUGUUCUGACCCGGCCACCUGCAUUUUGUCGCUGAGGCAAACUUGUAAAUGUGCAGUUGGCUACUUCGGAGAUCUCUGUGACCAGGUCGCAACAAUGAAUGUGACGUGUGGCAAAGACUUCAUUUCCAUCCUGGUGGAUGAAGAGUUCUUCAAAUACUACAAUGUGGGAGUUGAAGCGGUUCAUUUGCCUAACGCCAGCUGCCGUGCACAUAGAGAGGAGGUCUCUGGAUCAGCUUAUUUCACAGUGCACACACCAAUGGACCAGUACUCAGCCUGUGGAGGUAAACCUCUGGAGAAGAACAUAACACACAUUGUUUACUCUUUAACACUGAUGUCUGACCCACCUGUCUACGGAAACAUUGUGAGAGAUCCGAUUGUGCAGAUUGAGUACAAGUGCAUCUAUCCAUACAUCCGCAGAGUUAGCCUGGCGUUUCCAAUCAUCUCUUUCUCUAGUAAAAGAAUGUUCAAGGUGGAUGAAGUGGAUGCCAAGGUGGAGAUGAGUUUGUUCAAAGACCACACAUACAUUGAGGCUUUCACCAGCCCACCUACUAUUAAGCUCGGGGAUCAAAUCUACGUGCAGAUUCAAGUGACGGAGCCAGAAGACUUCUUCCAUCUGAAAGUCAACGAGUGUUGGGCUUCACAGACUCCUCAAGCUAAUGAUAAGUCAGGCUUUAGCCACACACUGCUGGCAAACGGGUGCGCAAAUGACAAAACGACCUCAUUUGGUAACGGUACGCUGCACCCUUCAGGAAGAAACGGCGAGGGUUCGACUGUCCGUUACUCCUUCGAUAUGUUUCGGUUUAUACACGAGCCCCACAGUUUCUAUCUGCACUGCACUGUGCAUCUCUGCACACCUGAGGAUAGAUGGUCUUGUAUUCCUGAAUGUAAAACUAUAUCUAAAAGAGAGGUUGUUGUAGAGGAGCAGGCUCAAGGCCUACUGUCUUAUGGACCAAUCAAACGAGAGCUACCAGUUAGACCCAAGAUAAAUCUCCUCACAUUGGUGCUUCCAUUGGGAGUGAUUUGGACUGUGGGCAUCUUCUUUCUCAUCCUUAUCAGCUUCGCUAAAGCUGGAAUAAGACGAAACCUGACAAACACCUAAAUAAAACUCAAGCUAAAAUAAAACUCAAAGCUACUUCAAGAACACAAGCUAACUAUUGGAAUGGUAGUCCUGCGUGGACUCUUCAUGAUGGGCCCUUACACAUUUUCCUAUAUGCUCUGUCAAGAAAAUUCUGUUUUUGACUUAAAAUAAGCUUGAAUGUGAGAGAUGUGCAGAGAGACGCAUUUUGAUCAACCAGUGCUACUAUUGUUUUUUUUUGUGUGUGUGUGUAUUGAACUUUUUUACAGUACUGAAUAUGGCCAACAGAUGGCAGUGAGAACUAAAAUUGGAACACAUUUGCUUAAUUUUUUCGUUCUGUAAAUAAACCAACCGAUUUCUUUACUGUU